CGGCAACGUGGUCAACAUUGCCAAGUGCCAACAGCAUGAACAUGGUGAGCUACCUCCGCGGGACGAUGAACAUGGGCGUCGCCGCGGCGGCGACCACCAGCACCAACUUCGUCGCCGCGCUGCUGAUGUUCACCGUCCCGGCGGCUUUCCUCGCCGACUCAUACGUCAAGCGCUUCUACACGGUCCUCAUAUUCGCCCCGUUGAGAUUUUGGGUUACAUCCUCUAGCCAUCCAAGCACACGUCCCCUCGCUUCACCCGCCGGCGUGCAUCGUCAACGAGCCACAUAACUGCGAGCCAGUGCACGGCACCAACCUAAGUCUGCUUCUCCUUGGCAUGUACAUGAUCUACAUCGGUGAGGGAGCCAUCUGGGCAUGCCUACCAGUGCUCGGUGGCGACCAGUUCGACAAUGCUGACCCCGUUGAACGGCGACUGGAGUCGAGCUUCUUCAACUGGUACACCUUCUCUGUGUCAAUGGGAUCCUUCUUCGGGCUCAUCUUCGUCGUGUGGCUGGAGAACAACAAAGGGUGGUGUGUUGGCUUUGCUGUGUGCGCUGCGAUUGUGCUGCUUGGGUUGCUCAUUUGGGCGGCUGGGUUCCCCUUCUAUGGCAACCAGGUGCCAACUGGGAGCCCCAUCACUAGGAUUAUGCAGGGUUACAUCCUGCUAGCCAUCCAAUCACACGUCCCCUCGCUUCACCCGCCGGCGUGCAUCGUCAACGAGCCACAUAACUGCGAGCCAGUGCACGACACCAACCUAAGUCUGCUACUCCUUGGCAUGUACAUGAUCUGUGUCGGUGAGGGAGCCAUCCGGGCAUGCCUACCAGCGCUCGGUGGCGACCAGUUCGACAAUGCUGACCCCGUUGAACGGCGGUUGGAGUCGAGCUUCUUCAACUGGUACACCUUCUCUGUGUCAAUGGGAUCCUUCUUCGGGCUCAUCUUCGUCGUGUGGCUGGAGAACAACAAAGGGUGGGGUGUUGGCUUUGCUGUGUGCGCUGCGAUUGUGCUGCUUGGGUUGCUCAUUUGGGCGGCUGGGUUCCCUUUCUAUCGCAACCAGGUGCCAGCUGGGAGCCCCAUCACUAGGAUUAUGCAGGUAAUUAUAGUAGCGUGCAAGAAAAGGAAUCUUAAGCUACCCGCGAACCCUGACGACGACCUAAACCAGAUGACUGAUGAUGAUGCUAAAGGCCUCGAGGUGCUACAAAGAACAGAAGGCUUACAGUUCCUGGACAAAGCAGCAAUAAAAAUAGAGAACGGAGCGAGAGGGCCAUGGUCGCUCUGCAACGUGACACAGGUGGAGGAGACCAAGAUCGCAUGCCGCAUGGUCCCGAUCUUCCUGACCUCGGCGGUCGGCUACAUGCCCGUGUCCAUCAUCCUCAACUUCACCGUCCAGCAGGGCAACACCAUGGACACGAGGCUGGGCGCGAUCCGCGUGUCGCCCGCGACGCUCUUCGUCAUCCCGACCGUCUUCCAGCUGGUGAUCCUGGUCGCGUACGACCGGCUGCUCGUCCCGCUCCUGCGCAGGGCCACCGGCUACGUCGGCGGCGUCACGCACCCCCAGCGCAUCGGCGUGGGCUUCGUGGCCGCGGUGCCGGCCAGCGCCGUCGCGGCGCUCGUGGAGGCGAGGAGGAAGACGGUGGCGGAAGGGAGCGGCCUCGUGGACUCGCCCGCCGGCGGGGUCCCGAUGUCGGUCUUCUGGCUGACGCCGCAGUUCUUCCUGCUCGGGGUGGUGGACGUCACCUCCUUCGUCUGUUGGCUUUUGAUCGUUGCUAGAUCAAAACCACCCAGGAGCUAACAAGUACGUGCAAGCUAGCAAGCACACUAGCAGCCUGCUUAAUUGAUUUGAGAAGGAACUUCAAGAGUGGUGGUGAUUUGAAGAAAUGAAUGAGUAUUGUUGACAAUAUUGCUCGAGGUGUGCAAGGUAAUUAGAACAAUGGAACUUCUGGUGGAUCAUAAAUCAAAGGGCAUUCUUAUGAUUCUGAUAAAUUUGGUGCUAGGUCUGGGCAAGAUGGUGAAAAAUGAGAUCUAGAUAUAGGCCGUCCCUGUGAGGACUAAAAUUGUACCUCCCUACUAGCAGGAGCCGAGGCACCAGGAUUCUCCUCCCCACCAUCGGCCGCCAGAGCAGCAGUCGGAGGGGAGAUGAAUUCACGGGUUCGCCCACAGAGAUCAAGGAGAAAAGGCUUUCCCUAGUCCCAGGGUAAUAAAAAUACGUUGUAUAGAAAUAAAUAUCGUAAAUGUAUGCAUGUAAGCCAAAUGCUAGACUACUACUACUAUCACUCACUCACCGUGAAGCUAGAUGAUGCAUGCGUUGAUAGACGCACACAAGAAGCAAGCCCAAAGCAACGAGAAACAACUCCAAAUUAACAAGAUGGAAACCCAAAUCAAUGAGAUGCAAG